AAUUUCACAACAACCCAAAUGUAUGUUGAGACGAUCAUUCCUCUUCUUUUCGAGCGAUUUGAAUUCGAAGAUUUGAGCGUUCACCUGAAUUUUAUCUCCGAAAUUCUCCCUCGAUUAGACAUAGAUAACCAAAAAGUCAUUCUAAUUUGCUUAAGCCAAUGCAAAUUCAUCCAUGCCAAUAACGACGACAAACGAGAACCGAAGUACUUUUACGAUUCGAGGUGUCCUUUGUUUCCAGCUUUUAAGGACGGCGAUCAGUUGUUGCCUCGGAAAUAUUUCAAGUUUCGCGACUUGUUAUCAAAAUGUGGGUUCAAUCAUAAAGUCACGGAAGAAGAUUUCUGGGAUUUUAUCCCCCGUCACAGUGCAAAUCCGUCUCGGGAAAACAGUUCAAGAAUAUUAGAUCACUUUUUAAAGUCUUUCAGUGAUCUUAAGUUGUCCCCGAAUGAAUUCUCCAAAGUAGGACGUCUCCCUAUUUUCGAAACACACAAACAUGGAUACCAGAAACUCAGCGAUGUGUACCUAAACCAACAUAAGAUUCUUGUUGAAUUUGUAGAGCCUGUUCUGAAUUCCGACACCAGUGGCCUCUUACAGGCGAAAUGUACCCACUAUAAGUCCUUCUGGCAAAUUUGGCUCGAUCAGGAGAAUUCCGGAUUGGAAAAGAAACCUACAGCAGCCAUUGUGCUGAAAAACUUGGAGAAGUUAAUUCAAUGUGAGAGCCUAAACGACUCGAAAAUCUUUGAGUGCUUGCGUUUCAUUACUGAAGAAGCUUCAAGCGGUAGUCAAGUGGAUAGAAACAUUCUUGAAAAACUGUCGUGCAUUCCAUGUGUCAGAAGUGGGAAUGGGAAACUCCUGCCACCUCGUCAAAUCUGUAAAUCGAUCGAGUGUCUUAAGUGGCACCGUUUAUUUGAAGGUCCAAACAUCAGUGACCAAAAUCAUUGUGAGUUAGAAACUUACGUAAAUGAGCCUUCACCUUUGUUUAUGGCGGGAUGGGAUCAUCUUCAGAUUUUGGGCGCAACGAAAUCUGUUACACUUCAGCAAACUGUCUUUGCAAUUCAUCAGUUUUACGGCGUAGUUAUGACCGGUGAUAUUUGGAAUAAAAAUCCAAACUCCCUGAAUCGUUUCUUUUGGUUAAAAGAUCAUUUCGAAGAGCUAUUGGUGAAAAAACCAUCUGAUUUGUCAUCGCUGAGUAGCGAAUGUCCGUUAUAUGAUAUCACUAUAGAAGGUAAACUGGUUGACAUAAGCGGUGCAGUCGUGAUAGAUAAACCAUCACUUUACAGGAGCUUGCAAGAGAGCUCUCGUGGAACUGAAUCUCACUUUCAGGAUGACUUCACGAGACUCUUUCCUGAUUCAUCAGUUAUCGAUGUAAACUCACUGUAUGCCGAAACCUUGAAAUUACUGCCUGCACCACUACGGCCAAAAUUCUUCUCUGAAAUUUGUCAAAUCGAAAUUGAUAGCAGUACUUUUGAAGAAUCGAACUCAGCAGCUGAACAGUUCCGUUUGAAGCGAAUCUCAGCGAAGCUCCAAAGUGACCUAUUUAUUGAGAAAUUGGCGCAUGUUUUGGAGCACCGAGAGAAGCUCGUCCAAAACUAUCUCUCACAAAACGAGUCGAGAAAUCACAAGAAAUUUGAAACCCAGAGAUUGGCGUUUUUGAAGAACUCUAUGCUGCGUCCAGUAAAAAGACUGAAUUUUCGAUACACAAUUGAUAUCAACGGAAGAGAAAUGAAUGGAAUAGUGGAGAGGGAGUUUGAAUACCGAGAAAAUCCAAAUCCUGAAAUUUUUUUCACCUUUCCUGAUAUCACAAGCGAACCUCAAUCACAAGCAGAGGCAAAGAGAUCAAAAGAAUUGUUCAAGGAAAUCACAAAACACCUAUUUGUUCCCGAAAAACUCGAUUGUUACCAAUUGGACACAAAAGUAACUAAUUUUUUGGCGAAACUCAUUUUUGUCUGUCAAUCGGAAAUCGAAGAGCAGGAUUUGCUCCACAAGUCUAACAUUCCGUCGUUUAACCGAGUUUCGAUUGCUCAAGACCGAGGAGACUUGCUGGUCGGAAAUAUUGUUCCACUCGCUUCUUGUGCGCUGAUCGAUUACAGCCCCGACCAAAAAAUUGUAUCUGGCGAAAUAGUUGCAAUUCAAGAGAAUUCUGAUAACAAGCAUGAACCAGUUUUUAAAUAUGCAAAGUACGUCGGCGAAGUUCAAGAUAGUAAUGAUUCUUCAGAUCCUUCCCUCUUUCGAAUCCAAGUAGACAGGGACACCAUUCUAAACUUGAACCCAAAACAAGUAUUUACUUUCCGUUUUAAGCUGGACACUGGUACAAAUGAGUCACAGGAACCAUCUAUUGACGAAAACACCGAAGAAGAGCAAUUUGAAAGCGAUAUGAUGAACAUUCGGCAGAUUAUCUGGACUGCGGUUACAUCCCAGAAGCCUGGAGAGCGCUUGGAUUCCAACAUGGACGACCUGGAACGUCGCCUUCUACAGAGUUAUCUGCGAAAAUAUUCAAGCCCUGACCAGCAACAAAGACUUAUUAGAGUCGUAAGUGAAUCUAUAAGAACAGAAAAAGAAGCGCGUAAUUUUGAGCCAGUGGCUGAAGCUGGAGACGCGAGUACAACAACAAGUCAAACUCAACAACCCGAACCUGAUAUGGAAGUAAACAAUUUCCUGGAGUUGAACUUUGAACGGAUGAAUCGAGAAAUAAAUGCUCAUACCGAGCAGUUGAAGGUUCACAAAAAACGGAAAACUCACGGUAGUUUUCACACCGAAUCCUUUCGGAGACCGCAGUCUUCAUUGAAUGGUCGAGGAAGUUUUUUUGAUUCAUACUUAGGAAUACAAUUCCACAUCAAAGCACUGGCCCAACCACAACCAAACCCAACUCUGGCUAAACUCUGGCUCAAACAAGCCACGGAACACUGGAUGUUCCUUAGUGGAAAGGUUGAAGAAGACGGCGGCACUAAUCAAGAAAGUCAUCGAAAUUGGAUGCUCGAGAUUUCCUUGAAGGUGAUUGAGAGCUCUUUGAUUGUAUUGACCUAUAUGGAAGAUGGAAGCAGCAGUAUGUCUAUCUACGAUCGAUUCCAGGGCAAAAAAUUAACGGAAACUGCCUUAGAGCUGAUUGCUAUCUUGCGAAAUCUUGAUUCUAGUAGUUUGAAUCUCAAACUAGAUGAGAUCAAAACAGUUUUGAAACAACUGGGCGAGUAUAACAAUCUUCAUCGACCCGAUCAAGGUCAAAAUGAAACUUCAGGUGCACUGGUUAAGCCAGAAGACGUAGAACAAACAAUAAAGUGUGCUAAAAAGAUGUACGAGCUGGCCCUGGAAAAGAGUUUGGCCGCAGGGCUGUGAACUAAUGAAAACACUUCAACAAUAACUGAUUAUUAUAGUUGAAACUAAAUAAAAGAAAAAUACUGAUUUUAUAUGCUGAGUUUGAUUAAACCAGCCGAAAAUGUAUAAU